CGUCCAUCCAGGUGACUGAGUGUUGGUAAACAACAACAAUGAACAGUGUGUUGAUACACACGAUUUGUGGUUCUAAAGGAACUCGCCAUGUGCUACCACGAAUUUCAACAAUCAUGGCGGCGCCCAUCCAGCUGACUGUGUGUUUCUUACUGUAAAAAGUGUAAAACAACAAUGAACUACGAACGAAGUGAGGAAAAUGAUUGAAACUUUCACAAUGAAUGAUGAUUGAUACAUUGAAACAUUGUUUUGAUAGAAUCACACAAUUUUUGGCUUAUGAAUACCUAGUACUGGAACUUAUAAAUUUGAACGAUAGUUAUAUAAAUAUUUGCCACACAUAUUUAUUUACAUUUGAUUUUAACAAUGUUAAAAUAUUCGGUGGUCAUUUGUGUGAUGGCUGCGGCUUUGACAGCAGUUCUGUACCACAACAUUAUUAACUUGCACUUCCCCACUCUACUGGAAGAAGAAGCAACAGACUCCCAGCAUAGCAUCGCAAUCGGGGUGUUGUCUGCAAGAGGAAACGCCGCUCAACGACAAGCCCUGAGGGAAACAUGGGCAGGAUACAUCACUAACAACACCAAGCUUUGGGACCAAGUUAUUGUUAAAUUCAUCGUUGGAAACGAGAGCUGUGAUGUCCCACGGGAGUUUCUUGAAGACCCAUAUUCUUGCAGAUCUAUAGCGCUCAACACAAGUGGAAUGGACCUUGCCUCCGAGAUGGUUGCGUUUAACAUCACAAAAACAACGUCGGCAAAGACAAGCCAUCAAGAUUCGGAGGUCUUAAAUGCGGAAUACUACGGCCUUGACUUUACUGUGAAUUACCCAGUUGUUAUCAAGAAGCUUGGUUUACAUGACGCGAUGGCGCUGUACGAGGAGAAAUGCACUGUUACACUCUAUGAUACAUGGAGCAAAGAGCCGAUUAUUCGGGUCAAUUUCUCUACACAUGACUCGGGAACGACGGAGGACAGCAUAAUGUUUAAAAAUGUGGAGGAAUACCUCUUCCCUAAAGACUUUCAUGGGACAAUUGUCGUUGGACCGAUUCGUCAAUACAAUCAGGCACUUUUAGGAGUUGGUGCUAGUCAUAAGCAACACAUAUUUGUCUUGCCCAAUAACACCAACAUUUUGUCGAUUAAACCAUUUCAACGAAAAGCUAAGACUGACGACUUUCCCGAGGAGAUAAGUUUCCCCAAUUUUCAUUUUUUUCCUGGAAAUUUUAUUUUUGAACUGUACAAGCCUGAAGAAGUGGAAACAUUAAUAGCCUCUAAAGGCCAAGCUGAGGAACUUCUAUUGGAAAGUAAUCAGAAAGAGACGCAAUCUCUCUGUGAUGAACAGCAGGAGUUUGGUGACCUCCUCCUGGUGGACGGAAUCGACGUGUAUCGCAACAUCCCAAAUAAAAUGCUUCAGUUUUUCCACUGGGUCAUAAGAACUUCUGCAGCUAAAUUUAUCAUCAAAACUGACGAUGAUUGUUUCAUGAACAUCGAUAACAUCAUGGCUACCUUAGAAGAUGUGGAAAUUUCAGCACGAAGCCGUUCAUGGUGGGGCAAUUUUCGAACCAGUUGGCCGCUAGAUCUCAUUGGGAAAUGGGCCGAGCAUGACUAUCCAGCUCCAGUGUACCCGGCCUUUGCUUGUGGGUCGGGAAAUCUUUUGACUCAAGACUUAGUUCAGUGGAUAGUCAACAACUCAAAAGUCUUACAUGCAUACCAGGGGGAAGAUGUAUCAAUGGGAAUUUGGCUUGGGUCUAUUUUACCGUCAUACGUCAAUGACAGACGAUGGGCUUGUGAUUCUGUUUGUCAUCGAGAUGUAUUUGUGUUACCCGAACAAUCACCUGAACAACUGAGAGCAGUUUGGCGCAACUGGAUACAGUGCAAGGACCCAUGCGGUUGUCAUAAUGACAAAACUCAAAACUGAAACUGUUACUAGAUCUCACAAUCUGAAACAACUUUCUCUUUUUCGGACAACCGGGGCAAAUUAAACGAAGUGUAUUUCCCUCCCCAGUCCUAUAUAAAAAUACAGGCAUGGAAUUUUAUUUUGAAAGGGCAAGGGAUGGUUGUCGAUGAUCGAAUUUCUUAUCUCCAAGCCCAAAAACAACAACGAUUUAGAAAUGAGGAAUAAAGUGUUACAAAUUUGAAUUAAAUAUCUGUUGUUUAAUUGCAACUCAUUUGUCUCUACAAGUAUAGUUACACACUAUGUAUGUGCAGUAUUGACAAGUUUACAUGGACACCUUUGGUAAUAACUCAAAAUAGUAUUCAUAAAUACCUCAGACAGUUUCGCGAUUCAUAUUGGUGGAG